AUGCAUGGUUUCACCAGCUCACAGCUGGCAGUGCCCUGCGAAACCGCAAGUGGCAUACUUCCGUCAGCAGAAGCCAUUCAGAAACAGAUCAAAGAGGAGUGGCUGCUCUGUGGCGUCAUGGCGAUGGCGUCCGAAGCCAUUGCCAAGGUGAAGGAGAUCCAGAAGGGAAGCCAAGAGGGCCGAAAACAAUGGGGCCUUUGGUGCGACACUCGUGGAAACGGAGUGCGGGAUCCGAGCAAGCACACGCCUGAGUUCCUUGAAGAGUUUGUGGCACAGUACAAUGCUGGAGGUCGCUUGGAAUCUCCUGCUCCUGAAAAAGUGGAAACCCUCGCAGAGCUUGUGAAAACCGGGCAGCGAAACUCGCACCAUUGGCAGCAGGCAUGGACCCUGUACUGCCAACGCUUUGGACAUGGUGUGAAUGAUCCCUACAAGCACACUUCCGCUUUCCUGGUGGGCUUCAUGGAUUUCCUGGCAUAUCGAGGAUGCAUGGCCAUGUAUGGCUCAGUUCUGGACGCUGGCUACAACUACUGGGAUUGGAAUGAGCUUGCUUCAGAAGCGGAUACAUUCAUCGUCCUGUCAGGAUUGGUUUGGGAUUCACUCAUGGCUGGGCCGGCGGGCUCUGAUGCGGCACGGGCUUUCGAUGAUCUGCUGAAGGUCUUCACAGAGGUCGAGGACCUUGCACACCGUGGCAAGACACUGGCAAGCAAGGCCGUGGAAGCCAAGGACCUCAAUCCUCCAGAUUUGGAUGACAUCUGCAAGUUUGCAUCUCGCUUGCGGCAUGCUGCUCCGGUCGGCUUCCCUCAAGCUGCAGAUGGGUUUCCAGCUGCCCCGCUUCCUUCGGGAUUUUGGCUGCCGUGGCCCACUUUACAGGAGCAGAUGCCGCUCGCAAAGGCCUUGGCCUCCGGAGCGAUGCGCGCGCCGCCGCCCAAGGUCUCACUGGAGCGGGCCGAUCCUGGCUCCGGUGCCGCUUGGGCGGUGACCAUGAGGCCCCUGCCUCCAGCUUCAGCCGUGCUUUUCACGGCCGAUGGCUCGUUGCCAAAACCCGGCUCUACAGGAACUCUGCAAGCGCCACAGGAUGGCCCCAUUCUGUUGGGAGAAGGAGGCCAGGUGUUCGCAGUCGCAGUUGCUGCUGGACGUGGCCUCUCGGACGUUGUCACAGUCAGGACGCCCAAAGCGGCGCCCGACACCUCUGAAGACAGCACGCUGGGACGUGCAAAGGCCCAUGCCAAGCGACCCGCGGACAACCUGCCGCGGCAACCCAAGAAGAAGGCCUCGGCACAAUUCCGAGGAGAUUUGCUGUCAGAAGCCCAGCCACAACUACGGGUGGUCGUGGUUACACGCUACCGUUGGAUGAAGACGACGAUGACUCCUGAGACGGAAGUAGCGUGCUCGCCGAUCCCAACACGGGAGGUGAGUGCUGUGAAGUGCAGUGGGCUUUGCGUCAGCGUGGACUUGAUCAUUGCCUGGUGUGCUUCGUCUUACGACCCUCGCAAGGACUCGCUGGUUCAGAAGAUCAAGGCGAUGCAGCGAUCCAACGAGGAGACCAAGCGUCAGUGGUCAACUACUUAG